AUGGAUCUCGCAUUAGUAUGCAGGGUAUUUUUUGGCGCUGGAGCUGCUGUUAGCUUAGGGGGAGCAUUGAAUCCAUCAUUUCGUUCCCGGAUCAUGACCUACGGCUCUCGCAGUACAAAAAUAACAUCAUCUCCAAAGAAGCGGAAACGAUUGUCGCCUUACGGACUUUUUCAUGAAAUUUCUAUUCUUCAAGUUCCUCACACUUGGUUUAUUCAUUACUACAUAGCCUCUGUGGGGUCCUCGAUUUUCUGGCUACAUCAAAUGAUAACGCGUGGGGUUAUACUUAGAUUGAUUACACCAAUUUCUUCUUCACAGGAUGUCUUGGAAAAUCGAACCCAGAUUCUUCUCGCAUGGCUUCUUAUGUUCAUUCAAGGUACUAGACGGCUCUAUGAGUCGGUCAUAUUUACCAAACCAACUAAAUCGACAAUGUGGUUUGGGCUCUGGAUCAUAGGAAUCAUUUUCUACUUUUUUAUAGGGAUAGCUGUCUGGAUUGAAGGUUUUACUCAGCUUGACUGCACUUCUUGGCGUAAUUAUUGUUCAGCAUUUUCGGCCACAUCACUGAAAUCCAUAACGGCAAUUUUGAUGUUCAUUUUAGCAUCCACUGUUCAGCAUAUUUGUCAUAGACAUCUAGCGGGCUUGAAAAAGUAUUCUCUACCCAAUCAUUGGCUCUUUGACUGGAUAGUUUGCCCGCACUACGCAAGCGAAUGCUUCAUUUAUCUAGCCAUAACAUUCAUCUCUGCGCCGAGUGGAUUAUUAUUCAAUCGUACUGUCUCUAUGGGGUUAAUUUUUGUUGUAUCGAACUUAGCGGUGACAGCUGAUUCAACUAAGAAUUGGUAUGCGGAAAAUUUUGGCAAAGAUAGCGUGCAAAGGAAAUGGCGAAUGGUUCCAUUUCUUUAUUGA